CGGGCGGAGGCGGAGGAGGACCAGAUCGUGGCCGUCUUCGUGGUCACCUUCGACCCCCGCACGGGCAACAUGGUGGAAUGGUGUUUACCCCAAGAUAUAGAUUUGGAAGGUGUGGAAUUCAAAUCCAUGGCAAGUGGGUCCCACAAAAUCCAGUCAGAUUUCAUUUAUUUCCGGAAAGGACUCUGUUUUGGCCUGGCCUGCUUUGCCAACAUGCCUGUGGAAAGCGAGUUAGAGCGUGGUGCCCGCAUGAAGUCUGUGGGCAUUCUCUCCCCUUCCUACACCCUGCUCUAUAGGUACAUGCACUUCCUGGAGAACCAGGUCAGACACCAGCUGGAGAUGCCAGGGCACUACUCCCAUCUAGAGGCAUUCUAUGACGACAAGAAAGGAGUUCUCCCUGAUAGCAAGGGCACCCCCGGCUCUCAGCAACCUGUCCACUGGCUGCCUUCCAUCCACAGAUACAUGUACCCAGAGAUGAAGAUCACACACCCUGCUGGCUGUAUGUCUCAGUUCAUCAAAUUCUUCGGUGAGCAGAUCCUCGUGCUCUGGAAGUUUGCCCUGCUGCGCAAGCGCAUCCUGAUAUUUUCRCCGCCCCCAGUCGGAGUUGUCUGCUACAGAGUGUAUUGCUGCUGUUGCCUUGCAAAUGUUUCUCUGCCUGGUCUUGGAGGAACUGUCCCAGAGUCCAAACCAUUCUUCUACGUGAAUGUGGCAGACAUAGAAAUGCUGGAGACAGAAGUAUCAUACGUGGCCUGUACAACAGAAAAGAUCUUUGAGCAGAAACGGGAUCUCUAUGAUGUCUAYGUGGACAACCAGAAUGUGAAGACGCAUCAUGAGCAUCUGCAACCGCUCCUGAAAAUUAACAAUGCUGACAAGGAGAAGUACAGACGGCUCAAUGACCAAAGGCAGAUGUUAAUGUAUUCUCAAGAAGUGGGUGAGGAUUGCAGCUCCUGUGAAGAGGACCUUUUCAUCCUGUUUUUCAUGGAGCAGAACAACCGCAUAUUCCAGACGCUGAUGGAGGUGUCAGCCAGCCAGGACAAGACCCUGACAGCUGACCACGCACGAGGCAUGGGCCUGGAUCCCCAAGGGGAUCGAAGUUUCCUUAUGGACCUCCUGGAAGUGUAUGGCAUCGAUGUCAUGCUAGUCAUUGACAACCCCUGCUGCACUUAAACUGAGAGCAAGAGAGAUGGGGAGCAAAGAUCACUUUUUAAAGACURCCAGACAUUGCUUAGGAGGAUCACUGGAACUCACCACAGCCACAGUUAUUUAACUUUAUAUGGAGAGUAUUUAUAAUUUUGAAACAAAAUGUGAUUUUAUUUUCUCACACUCAGCUUCCCUGUGAGUACCUGUUCUAGRGUUCUUUUUGGUUUUGUCUCCCUUUCCCUUUCAUUUGUGUUUUUUUUGUUUUGUCUAGCCGGGACCAGUGGCACCUUUGCACCAAACUUCACUGUUGCCAGUGAUAACUAGGUUUUGGCCUAGACUGGAUACCUGAGGGCUGAAGACUUCAGGAAAGCACUUUGUUUGAUGACAACCAAUGUGAAAUGCUACAGCUGAGCUUUGAGACUUGGCUGGAAAAUCCUCCUAUCAACUCCCCCUUCCAUUUGGGGACUGAAGAGGGCUUCAGCACAAGCUGAUAAUGGCCCAGUCUCAUAAAUAUGUCCUACCAAGUUUAUUGGUGAGGACAGUGAAGCCAAUGAGAAGAACCAGGACUCCUUUAAACACUCCUCAUCCAACUUUAAGCUGAACUGGAGUAAAGCCACCCUUCCUUGUAAACAGCAGAAGCAAGUUUGGGAUUGGGGACGCUACAGGAUCUUAUGACUAUGCUUACUGGAGCAGCACAGUCUCACUUCCAGCCUCUGAGGUGGUCUAAGCUGGCAGAGACUGCACCUACCUAUCUCACAGCUGGAGAACAGCACCCUCUMCUCAAUCCAUCCCACCACUGCCUUUGGUUUUCAGUUGCAUCACACCUGCUGCUUUGGUUUAAAACCUUCAAACCAGCAAGAUGGUGUCCCAUUUAACAGGGACCAACACCACUGAGCCACUUUGCAGUCACUCUGCUCUCCAGCCUCAGCUCAGAUGGUGCUGGGCUGGACAGGGUACAAUAAGUAUGCUUUAACUAAUGUUACUUCCUUUGUAGCUGAUGGCACUUGUUGCUCCUUUGCUUUAACACUGUUUGCUAAUCCUCUUGUUGAGCCUUCAGCACUGCCUGCUGCCAUCCCUGGCUUUCUGUUUGAGACAGAGAACAGACCUUUCAGCUGAAACAACUGAAGUUUGCAGAAGGCUCCCUUGGGGUUUGGUGUUCUUAACAGGCACAGCUGCUAGGAGCAAUGUUUAAAUGCAAGUCUUUCUUUUUUCCUGAGCACAGCUGUAAAACCAGAUGAACAGUGUUCUCGUAUUCUUACGCUGGGGAAUGAAUAGGAUUCAGUUCAUGAAGGACCAGUCAUUACCUCCAGGAAUGCUAUCCUAAUAAAGAGUAUUCCCUCUGCCUUGCAAAAUCCAAGAAUGGCACUGCAGGUUCUAGGUGUGACAUACUGCUUUGCCCCAAAUCCUCCAGCCAGCAGCAAWAUCAGCUUUAAGCUAACUGUUCUUCCUGAACUGUGGCUAUAG